AUGUCUCCAUAUCGCCUAGUUUAUGGGAAAGCAUGCCAUCUUCCCGUGGAGUUAGAACACAAGGCGUUUUGGGCACUAAAAAAUCUCAAUAUGGAUAUUUCAGCAGCUGGAGAAGCAAGAAAGUUACAGCUGAACGAGUUGGAUGAAUUGCGUUUGUUUUCAUAUGAGAAUGCUAAAUUGUAUAAGGAGAAGACAAAGAGAUGGCAUGAUGAUAGAAUCAAGGAAAGAGUUUUUGCAAAAGGACAAGAAGUGUUACUCUUUAAUUCAAGGCUCAAACUCUUUCCUGGAAAAUUAAAGUCCCGUUGGUCUGGCCCGUUUACUGUGCAAGAAGUGACUCCUUUUGGUGCAAUUACAGUGAAAGAUCAACAAUCCGGGAGGGAAUUUAAAGUGAACGGCAGCGGCCGAAACACUAUUGGAGCAGGCGAGGUCAACCGAGAGAAGACCUCAAUUUCUUUGAAAGAUGCUUAA